GUGGUUACAGUCUGUUCUUGUGAUAGCCCUUCACGUGCUCAUUUGCUGGGUGUCACAGAUGUGUGCAAGAAGCACCAAAAUAUGGCGCUAUCAUUUUCAGCCAAUGGGCUGUCCGUUUGUAACAGGUCGCAGCCGGCGUCACUACCGUGGCGGGAACGCGCAUUUAAGACGGGAAAGAGGUUGAGAAGGCAUCGGGAUCGCGCUCAUCUGUUUGGCUGGCAAAUGCCUCCGGUGUAACAGGCCGAUCAUUAUGGGGGACCCAGGACCCCGAGACGGGAUGGACCAUGACCGACCGACCGCUACGCAGAGCUCAUCGAGGCGGUUUAUUCCGGGAUAAUAACAUUGUGUGUGCCCAGUAAUAAGCAGCCAGUCAGUGAGCUGCAGAGGAGGCGGUGUUUGCUGGGAUUCAAUCAGAGCCAGAGUCGCGGCUGGUAGGUUAACGAGGAGGAGAGAGGGACGUGAGGAAACUGGGAAGACGAUAGUUUACAAUCUAACUGGCUCCUGCUCGGAAUUGCGAGAAUGGUGGAUGAAAUGUCGAUUACAAGCCGGUCCGGUCAGCCCAACCCUGUCAAAGCAGGGUGGGUUCAUCCGGAGUGAAAUCGGUCGGCUCUUAUCUGUUGGCUUCUCCUCCGCCGGGCGGCGAUGUCCGCUUUCUGCCUCGACCUGCAGACGUCUGCCGUGGUUUCAGCACCACUGGAGCUGGACAGCGACUGCAUGGAGCCCCGGGCCAGCCCUGCAGCUCAGGAGCCGGGCGGCUUUCAGGGUCACCCGUUGCGGCACACCGGCUCCGGAGGCCUCGGCAUGGCCUUAGAGGAGGAACUGGCCAUGCUUACCGGGGAGCGGGACGACGAGAAGGAGCUGUCGGACCUAGAGACGCCUGCAGACUUGUUGUCGCUCUUCCGUCAAAAGGAAAAAGACUUGGUUUUAGCUGCUAAACUCGGCAAAGCUCUGCUCGAGAGAAACCAAGACUUGACCAAGCAAUAUGAGAAAAUGCACAAAGAUCUCAACGAGAAAUUAGAGCACUUGGAGCAGGAGAAGCACGAGUUGCGUCGGCGUCUGGAAAGUCGAGAGGGGGAGUGGGAGGGCCGUGUGGCCGAGCUGGAGACGGACGUCCAGCAGCUGCAGGGCGAGCUGGAGCGCCACCAGGUCCAACUGAGGGAGGCCGACAGAGACAAGACCAAGGCCAUCAGUGAGCUCUCUGAACAGAACCAUAGACUGCUGGAGCAACUCAGUAGGGCUGCGGAGGUGGAGAGGCAGCUGUCCACUCAGGUCCAUUCAUUACGGGAUGACUUCAGGGAGAAGAGUAUGUCUACAAGCCAGCACAUGACACGACUAGAGACUCUACAGGCUGAGCAAGGGCUAGAAAUUAAGAUGCUGUCGGAGAGGAAGAUGGAGCUGGAACGUCGGGUGCACGCCAUGCUGGAGGAGAACGAGUUGCUGCAGAAUACAGUGGAGGACCUCAGAGAGAGGACGCUAGUGUUGGAGAGGCAGAGUCACGAGAAGGAUCUACAGUUACGGCAGAGCCAGCUGGAGCUCCAGGAGGUACAGAUGUCCCACCGGCAGCUGACUGCCCGGCUGGAGGAGCUGACGGACGAGCACAGCCUCCAAAGCCUCACCCCGCACCCGUCCAGCCUCCUGUGUGAGAUAGAACAGAGCAUGGAGCAGGAGGAGCAGGAGCAGGAGAGAGAGCAGCUGCGUAUUCAGCUGUGGGAGGCUUACUGUGAAGUCCGCUCACUCUGCUCCCAUCUCCGGGGAAACGACGUCACAGACUCGGCGCUGUCCACUGACUCUUCCAUGGACGAAUCCUCGGAGACGUCCUCAGCCAAGGAUGUGCCUACAGGGAGCCUCCACACCAGCCUGCUAGAACUACGGAGGCUAACGCAGAAUCUGCUGGAUGGCAACGAGUCUACGGGCUCGCGGCGCAGUGAUGAGGAGGCUCUGGAGGAGCAGGCGAGGAAGCUGGGAGAGGAGCUGAGGGAAGUCAGAGUGCUAUACGAGUCUGAGCAGGACAAAGCACGCAGCAGUGAAGAGGAGGUGCUACAGCUGCACAAUCAGAUGGCGCUGCUCUCUGUAGAGAUGUGCUCUCUCCGGGAGGAGAACGAGCGGAUGAAGAUGAUGGCUGAAAUCCGAGAACCCAGCGAGCAGCUCCAGAGUGCUAUAAGAGACAGAGACGACGCCAUAGCCAAGAAGAAAGCGGUGGAGAUGGAGCUGGCCAAAUGUAAAAUAGACAUCAUGUCUCUGAACAGCCAGCUCCUGGACGCCAUCCAGCAGAAGCUCAACCUGUCGCAGCAGCUGGAGGCUUGGCAGGAUGAUAUGCACAGAGUGAUUGACCAGCAGUUGAUGGACAAGUACCAGGAUGAGUGGCGCUCGGCCCCUUCCUCCCUGUCGGGGUCGUCGAGGGCCCACGGCGGUACGUCCUCCAGACGAGCUCACCGUAUCUCCGACCGGGACAAGAGACUUUUCUCUUUUUUCAAAAAGAGCUGAGGCCCAUUGGACUGGCCCUGAGCAUGGCAGACAGACAGAGACAGACGAGGCGAGGGAGACGGAGGGAGUGACAUCACAGUUACAGGGGGUAACAGCAUCCAAAGACGGGCAGUGGCAUACACUGAGGUUUUUUGAGGGGGGGUAUCAUUUUGCACUUUAUCUGUCCCAUUACUCUUCUCUUCACUGAUUCAUUGGUGACUGCUGACAAUGAGAGAUAGAAAUAUAAGAAUAGGACUUCCCCAGGGGCUUUGGCUUCAGCCCUUCUUAUAGAAAGCUAUCAGUCUUACAGAAUGUGAACAGGGUCACAAAGUUUACCUCCAAAGAGGAAGGUUUCCUUGUAGUGCCUACAACCAUCUCUACUAGCCCACUGCCAACUCUGUAGAGAGGGAACAUUAUGUACAAACUGUAUGCAUCCCAGUUAUCAGGCCAAGGAGUCUGGGGAAAGACAGGUGUAUGUAUGGGACACUGUAGGAUUGUGGGAAAAAGACGAGGAUAGCAGGACAGAGCUCUACGUCAGACAUAGCAGCAUGGCAACCCUCCUCCGGGUACAGAGCGGUGAUGCUGCAGCCAGCCCAUGUGUUAUCUCUCAGGUUUAUUCAUUUGUUCAGGAGUCGUUCACAACACGAGGCAACCACAUGAUGUAGGAGGCCCACAGUGUGCUGUAUAUCUGAAAAAAACAAAUGACAAGAAGAAUGCUUAUUUUCUUACUGAUAGGCGUGGAGGUUCUUCAUUUUUACCCCAAGCCCAAACUUACAAUCAAAAAGAGAAAAAGACCUAAAGUGGGCGAUACUCCACUGAUUUAGCAUUGCACUUUCAUCAAGUUAGGGGAUUCACUAUUUAUACAGUACAUAUAUAUCUAUAUAUAUUAAAGCUGCACUAAUCAAUAUUUUUAUAUAAAGAUAAAGUAAAUGUUUCAUAUGAAAGGAGUCUCUCAUAGCCAAACAGGGAAUUAUAACCCAACUCUAUGCAGUGUUUUAGCUUCCUUUUUUAGCUCAUUGUUUUGAAUUUUUACAGCCCGCACCUUUACUGUUCUGACUUCACUGCUCUCCUUGUAUUCUACUGCUUCUGCUGAGUACCAAAGGGUGGACAGACAACGUUAGCAUCUAGCUGGUGAACACAGCAGAGCUAUUAGCAGCUAAAAGAGAGCCGGACAUUCCUCUCGGGAGUUGGAUAGAGAUAAAAACAAAAAGAGUGAGAAGGAAAGUGAAUAUUGGCCUGUGAACAAUUGUUUGCUAACACUUGCUAAGCAACUUGCACAUGCAUGUGCUGUGUUUAGAGCUCACAAAAAAUCAAUUAACAAAGCUUUAAAAAAAAGAUUGUUCAAACUUAAAGCAGCAGGAGCCAGUAUAUCCUGACUUUUAGGCCCCAAUAUCAACUUCCAAAACCACUGGAUCCUACAUUUCCCAUAAUGCAACAAACACUCUUUUCAAUAGAUCCUUCCAGCUUAGUAAACGUCCACAUCCUUCAUAUUCCUCAAGCCCAGUUUGUAACACAAGUUUAUAAAUUUGUUUCCUAGCCCAUGUUGGGAUUACCCUGAUGGUAUCACCACAGGUUGUUUUUUUCUUCGACUUUACAAACCCACAGAAGAAAUGAAACAACUGAUUUUACAUGCCGAGGAGCCCUCCCAUUACUAGUAAACUGAUUUAAACUGAAUCAGUUGGAUUUCAAAUUGGACUCCUUUGUGUCCCCAAAAGUGAUGACACGGUUAGGUUUCAUGUAUCAUACUGAAGUAAAACAGAAACAAGCUUGAGCAGGGCAAGAUGAUCCUUAAAUUGAGUGAAUGUAAAACACAGCACUUUCUAGUCGGCCCUCUCUGUGGUGAACUCUAUGAGGCCUUUGUGUUCGUCUCCAGCAUCUGAAUAAACCUUUGGCUGACUGAAGUUGGUGAUAUUGUUUGUUCAGUUGGUAACAUUCAUCCACAGUUCACAUAAAAUUUUAAUAUUUAUAACAUUUAUCAAAAAGGCACUGUCCCAACAUUGUCCCCACGAUGUCAAUCAUCUUCCUAGUUGACCAAAUUUUCGAAAUGUUUACAUCAGCUUGGGAAGGAGGAAGGACUACGUAGAAUUCACAUCAACUCUACAAUAACCCGUUGAAUUUCCUAUCAUUAAAAGGCAUGUCGGUGUACAGAAACUCCACUGAACUUCCUCUGCAGUGGUCAACAUCUGACCUGCUUUGGUUUAACACUAAUAGAAAAGGUCUACCUCCAUUCUCAUUGCUUCAAUACUUCAUGGGCACUUUGAUUUCUUAGCUGCCGGGCUUCCGUUUUAGAUGACAUAUCUGUGACUCCAUUUGUAAUACAGUGUGUAUUGACUUGAAAUCUCCGAGCAUGAAUGACUUACAGUGUGGCACGGUGAUGUCUCACGUCUGUCUGUGUUUGUACUCACGUCUAAUGCAGCUGUGCAAACCUAUGCAGGUGUCUUCUUGUCGUCCCAGCUGGUUGUUGAGCAGGAUCAACCCAAAGAAUGAUUUUUAUAAAAAGUCGAAUAGGUUUGGACGAAAUCAAUAUAUUUAUAAGAAAAAAAAUGCAUACCUUUUGAAUGAAAAUCUUUUUUUAGAGAGAAAUAUACCUGUUCAUUGUUAUUUCUAGAUUGUUUUUUUUCAUGUGUGUCCUAACAGCGAGCAGGAAUUCCACUGGUGAGUUUGGACGUUAUCACUCAUAAGUACGUUUAUUUGACUGUGCGGGUGUGGCAUGCAGUAGAGCUGGCCAGAGAUUCAUGAGUAUUUCUGAGUUUCACCCAAAUUAUUCACCAAUAUAAUGCGUAACUUAUCAGAAAAGAUACCAAGAAGCCUCAUGAAUCUCUAUUAUUAAUCCAAGAGUGCGUCAUAAAUGGCGCCCUUUAUAAAGACUUUACAAAUUGUAUCUAAUUCAUUUUUUAAUUGUUAAUAUUUUUUUCACUAAUGCUUAAUAGAUCUUAUAUAAGUCCUUCAUUAGAAAAACCUUGGUGUUGCCAGGUUGUGAAAUCUCUCUGUCUGUCGAGUCAUUAUUAGGGGAAAGUCAUCAAAGCAAUAGUUGGACAUUUUAGAGAAUAUUCUUUGCUUUCCAGCAGAGAGUUAGAUGAGAAGAGUAAUACUACUGUCAGGUCUAUCCGUUAUGUAUGAAGCUACAUCCAGAAGCUAGCCGGGUGAUCUUCUCAUCUAAUUCUCCAUCAUUAAGAACGAAUGAAUGAAUUUCUCCAAAAUGUCAAACUAUUCCUUUAAUAGGUAACAAUAAAGGCCAUUAAGCGCUAAGUCUGCAGUUAUAAAUGUUAAUAAAUCAUUAACAAAGAGCCAAGAGCUUCUCACUUUGUAAUGAACCAACAACAGCAACAGUUAGUAAGUCAUCUGUAAAUAUAAUCAUUUGUUAAUAAACUUAUUUUGGUCCUAAUACUCUGCAGUCCUUUUCCAGAAGGUCCAAGGUCAAACCAUUCCUUGGUUAAGUCUUCCUGAGAGCUAAAAAGAUCGGAUAAAUACCAUAUCAUAGAGUUUCACAACUUGGAAACCCAAAAUGUACAUUAUUUUUUAUUUAGCCAAGAAAGCCUCAUUGAAAAAAUGUGUCCUGGCAGCAUGAACAGAGAAGCAAGAUACUGUAGAUGACAAAACAACCCAAAAUGUAUGUAACACUAUAAAACAACUAUGACCAAUCCCCAAAAAGAUGUAAUGAGGCCAAAACAUUAAGAUUGUAAAUUACAUCAAAACAUUGGUAGCCAGAGGAGAGAGGCAUCCACUUUCUGCAGACCGCAAAUUUCUCCCUUUUAGAUCUAACUGCAGCAGGGUCCAGGCAUUAGCUCAUGAUUUAUUAACCAUUAAUUCAGCCAUUAAAAACUCUGCAUAUAGGAUUCCUUAUCAGAAAGUUCUCUCACUGCUCCUGUCUGAAGGCUCGUGAUGAGAAACAUGUUCCUCCCCCAGGCAGAAAUAAAUGGAAAGUGUGAAAGUGGGUGGAUUGGAUAUCUGAACCUUCACAUCCAUGUGUUUAUAGGUUCCCUUCCACUGGCUGACUGACAGGUGAGCAAAAGCUUGGAUUAAACCCCAGUCACUGCUGCCAUAACCACACUGUAACUUGUCUCACUUCAUGUCACAUUUUUGUUAGAAACAGUUCACUGUAACACAUUUGGUUCUGUCCACGUUAUUUCCUAAUUGUUGUUUCUGUUUCUUGUUUGACUGUUUGUAUUGUUUAAGACUGUCACAGUCGGCUGUACUGAUUCAUUUACUAAUUGAAAGCAUUUUAAAAACGCCUUCUGCUGCGUGUUUCUGUGGUAAACAUCCUGAUGCUGCCGCUGUGGGUCCGGGGUGUGUUGCAGUGACAGACAGACAUGCCAUUGAGUGUUUUUCUGUCUCCACUUGGUCGGACGUUGUAUUGGAAUUUAGUGCUUUUGGUGGGCUCAUUGUGCUCCGUGUGAGUGCUUCCAUUCACCACUGACUAACGGCACUGUUUCAGUUACAGAAUGCUUCAAACUAUUCAAAAUAUUUAUCAUGCAAUUUUCUUAGCAUUUUGGGGAUUUUUUUGUACAAAUAAAUACUUUACAAUC